AAUCAACGAUACGUUAAAAUUCAAAACGUGGCUGUAUAGAGUUUUUAACUCUUGCGUAAAUUUGACUCUGAACUUAAAAAUAAAACCAGCCCAAAAAUAAAACCGUCAGGCAUCGAGCGCGAGUGGGCGCACUAUGCAGAGGCUCGCGUGUAAAUAAUCUUGGUCAUCCGCCCUGUGAGAAAUGAAACACAGACCGGGGAAUAAACAUAAUACUACACAUCAUGGCUACAUUACUGGAACGACUGGGCUUCUUACAAAAAGUGCCCACGCUCAUGAGAGCUACAGCAGAUGACGAAUCGCCAUGUCCAGGUUAUCUUUUUGAGGAGAUCAGUAAAAUUUCACAUGAGUCUGUGGGGUGCUGCCAGUGUCUUUUGGAGUACCUCUUGGAGAGACUGCAGGUGGAGUCCUGCCAUGUCAAACUCAAGGUCCUGAAGAUUCUCUUACAUUUAUAUAGCCACGGACCACCACACUUCCUCACAGAGCUUCGACGGAAUGCUACGUUUAUACAGGAAGUGAUUGUGUACAGUGGCCCUCUGGACCCCAUCCAUGGGAAUGCCCCCUUUCAGAAAGUCAGAAGCUCUGCUCAGGAGUUGGCCAGUCUUCUCUUUAACGAUACCAUGUCUCUGGAUUCUGGAGUCGCUCCGUGUAAGAAAGUGACAACAUCCAUGGGAAUGGGCUCUGAGUCCCUCAGGUCUGGCAUGCAGGGGUUUGGAUACAGCCCAGGAAAGACAGAGUCCAGUGGAACGACUCUAUUGGACAAGAUUCAGAGAGCUGCGGAAGUGGUCGCCAGCGCCGUCCUUCCUCCAGCAGAGCAUCCUGGAAUUCGUCUCCUUGAUAACCACUACCACGCCGUGGUGGCUCCUUCUGCUACAGUGGAGAUGGCCGUGCCAGCAUGUGCCUACAACAUCCCAUCCCACAGCCACAGAGCAUCUCACAGAUGUCCAGGGCAGGUUGGUGGAGGCUGGGAGGAAACGGACAGUAGCAGCUCCUCCCACAAUUCCUCCCAAGAGAAUGUGCCAGUCACCCAGACCUCAGUGGGCAGGAGCAGUAAGUCGGGUGGCUCGGGCAGCCACUCAGGGGCAAGUCGGGAGAGUGGUGACCUAGCAGAGCGUGUGGAAGCUAUGCAGCUGGGAGACUGUGCUCAGGAGAUGGCACUUAUCAGCAGUCUGACCAGCGGUUCUAAAGUCUUCCUGUCCAGAGAGGAGAGCCAACACUUCAUCAAAGAAUGUUCAACUCUCAAUUGUGAGGUGGUAGUUGAACUUUUGUCACGCAAACUCCAGGACCACUCCCAAACUGCCCAAAUGAGGGCGCUAUGUUCUCUGGCCUGCCUGAUGUCAUCAGACUUCCUCUCCCUAGACCAUAUUUUCAAUAUCACACACAAACGACUUGCACAGCUUAGUGAAGGAACAGCAGGCCCUGUCGCCAACAAGGCAACCAAGCUCUUAAGGCAGUUUGAAGCUUUGCUCGGCUGCGUCACACAUCCCAGGUGUGACACUGCUGGACGUUCAGUCUCCUCCAGCUCUUCACUUUCAGAGCAGCCCAACAAAACUUUCACCAACCCGCGCCUAUCAGGACAACUAGGAGAAACAGCAACUUCUGUUAUUUCUUCAGAGGAGCCGCCAUCUAGACAACGCCCACAAGCUAACAUCACCACAUCUGAGUCUCAUAUCGAAAGAGAACAGGAAGAGGAGAAAAACAGCUGCAAGAUACAAGAACCAUCCAGACUGUCGCUCUUCAGUGGGAUGGAGCUAGUGAACAGAAGCAAACCUGUGUGUUUGGUGGAGCCCGUUCCUGUCGAGACCGGCGUGGAGGCCACAACAGACACAGACUGUGCGAGUGAGAAAAGCUGUGAGAGAACUAUAGAGUCACCUGCUUCGAGUAUACCCGAGCAAGUCAAAGAGCAAAUGUCUGCCUUCACUUUCCUCAAUCUCUGAUGCCAACUUUCAUCAUCAAUCGUCAUUCAGACAGUUGUGCUGAUGUGGGGAAUACUUCACUGUUCAAUAAAUUCAGCCUGUGUGGUUUUUAUUUUAAAUGAAAGCAUAACCAGAAACAUUAUAUAGUUGCGUUUCAUGACCAUGUUUAUAUGCACAUGAAUACUUCCAAGUAAUGCAAGAAUUUGGUAUCAAUGGCGAUCCAGCAUUCUUAAAACUCUUGAAAAAUAGAUGUACAGCAUGAUUCUGACUUCAGUUUACUCUAUGCACCGUGUACCUGUGGAAAUGCUGCUAUUCAUUGGAUUCAUUGAGUCUGUGAUCAGUAAUGGUACAAUUCAUUGAGAUAUGAUUAGGAAACAACUCUACAAAUGAGUUGUUUUCAUCUUUUAACAGUUUAACAUGUAGAGACAAGUAAUCUGUUCAUAGAUUGAUUUUUCUGAAAAGUUUGAACAAAAUAUUGCUCAGUGAGCAGUUUAACCAGCCACCUGUUUGACUGAGCUGCUGUUUUAGGGGGAUAAAACGUAUCUUAUUGUCAUUAUUAUUGAAGUUUCUUUUAAUGAUAGUAAUGGUAUAGAAAUAACACACUUCACCUGUAACGUCAGUUUUCCAAAAUUGCCGAUAUUUGGAAUUUGCACUACAACCUUGCUUCUUCCUAAAAGCACUUACUUACCUGUACUUACCGGUUUCACAGACCAGGCAUGAGGCUAAAAGGAAUUUGUGACCUGUCUUAACUGAAUAUAGCUUGCACAGAAAUAUCUUAAAAUAUAUCAGUGCCAUUGUUUUGUCUCAAGAUCCACGAUAGUAACGUCAUUUUCAUAAAAGCAACACAAAUAUCUUAAUUCAACUAAGGCAUAGUCCUGGCUUAAGCGAAGCCGUGUCUGUGAAACCGUGCCAAAGUCUUCCAGUUUGUAUAGUCCAAGAACAAACAUUGACACUCACAAAGAACAGUGUUAUCUUGCCAAAACUUUAACUGUCUAAAUUAUGUACAAACAUGUGCAUAAUACUGCUGUCUUGUGUGUGAGGUAAAGUGUUAUAGUAUUUAAUGCUGAUGAAUGAGAAAAAGCUGAUUUCAGUGUCUUAAUGUUCUCGUAUGUGAUCAGACACUCAAAUAUACUUAUAUUUAAGAAAAA